GGUCCCUACUCAGAUCAGCACAAUGGACUAGUUCUGAAACUGCAUGUUCCUCCCUCUGUUUCUGCCCCACCAAAAGAAUCUGCAGAGCUGAAAAUCCAGAAAGUAGUUGGUUUUUAUCUGUGUUUCUGUAAAGAUAUUUCAAAAACUCUCAUCAAAUUUCUAGAGGUAUCCCGUAAGAAGAGCUCAUGCCAGCAACCAUCUUUCGAGCUAGAUGAUUCCUACUUGGAUAUUAGGGGACCUCAAACUUUUUAUAAGAACAGCAGAUCAUCAAAGGCUGGAAGUCCAGCUCACAUUGCGUUGGCGCAGCCCUGCAGGAAUAAUCGUGAUUACGGGGCUGAAGUCAGUUACAACCAUCAGCAGUGUCUGAAAGAAUAUCUGGUAGAAAAUGGCCUGCACAGGAAGUGUAACAAUGUGAUUUCCCCAGCCAAGCAGAGGAGCCCUCAGCAUGUAAAACCUGCUCAGGGGAUGGACCAGAAAGUAAAUGAGUUUCGGAGCCUGUGCCAUCAGCAAGCGAGUCAUGGUUGUGCCUGCAGGCAUGUAGGGAGCUCGGGAAGCAGCGUGCAAGGGAGCCACCAUGAGGGCCAGGUACUUAGAAGAACCUAUGGGCUAGUUCACAAAACCUGUGAUUACUCUCAGCACUCUGGAGUUUCCAGGCCGAAUGACAGUGUGGACUCGGGGCCUAACGGAACAGAGCAAGCUAAAAGGUUGUAUGAAGAAAGAAGGCAGAAGAUGCUUCUGCAGAAAAUGGAGCUGGAAAUUGAAAAGGAAAGAAUCCAGCAUUUAUUAGCUAAGCAAGAAGCAAACUUGAUCUUAAAACAGCAGCAACUACACCAAUCCCGUAUGGAUUAUAACAGAUUUAGAGGCCACGUACCUGGUUCAGAAGAUGUGCCCAUUGAUGAAGCACCUGGAGAACUUGCUCUGAUGAUGAAUGGCAACAGCAUGGGGCUAAGUCUACCAGUGUUGAAACAUGAAGAUUAUUUUCUGAGGACACCUCCAGUAAGCAAAGCCUCCAGAACUCCAGGGAGCAGUGUUUGGAGCAGUUCAGGGCAGAAAAUGGUUGGGUUUGGUGCAAAUGUGGAAGAUGGACGAGCCCUUCUGAAGCAAACAAAGAAGGAAGGCAGCAUGUCAAGGAAAGGAACAACUUCAGGACCUAGGAAGGAUGCAGCCACGUCUCCUGUGCUGAUAGGCAACAGAAAAGAGCUUACAACCACAGCCACAUCACCAAUCCAGCAUGGCUCUUCACG